UUAUCAGACAUCAUGAGCCCAGCCCAGUGGUGUUACCAGAGCCAGUACUCCUGCGAUGACACAUGCAGAGACCCCAGCCACUGGGCAGCUCAGUUUCCCAGCUGUGGAGGAUUACGCCAGUCACCAAUUAACAUUGUCACCAGUAAAGUGCACGUCAACAGCGCCCUGCCACCCUUCGACUUCAUCGGUCACACCGACAUAAUCAACAUCACAGUGGAAAACAAAGGACACUCUGCCCACUUUGUUCUGCCACAGUCAGUCCGACUGACUGGAGGAGCUCUACCCGGUCACUACAGAGCUGCCCAGUUUCACUUCCACUGGGGGGGCGACGGGAGACCAGGAUCGGAGCACACCAUCGACGGAGAGAGAUUCCCCAUGGAGCUGCACAUAGUCCACAUUAAAGAGCCGUACGGUUCUCUGGCCGAGGCAGAACAUGAUAUGGCAGGUAUAGCUCUGCUCGCCUUCCUGUUUGAGGAAACAACAGACGAUCAUCCUCAUUUGGAUACAGUAAUAGCUGCUCUGGGCCGAGUACAAAACAAUGGCAGCAGCACCGUGAUCCCAAACUUUCGACUGAGUGACAUUAUCCCGUCUGCGAAGGACCUCCACAGUUACUACCGCUAUGUGGGCUCCAUGACGACUCCGGGAUGUGAACAGGCAGUUGCCUGGACGUUGUUUCACAGGACCCUGUCCAUCAGCAGUCGACAGCUGGAUGCAAUAGUGAAGCAGUGUCAAUUCUGGACCGGACAGCCCAUGACUGACAUCUUCAGACCUACGCAGCCUCUGGAUGGCAGAGUUGUGUACCGCUCCAGAGCCACUGCAUCUCUGACGAGUGCGAUCCACUUGUGGCUUGCUGGUCUCGCAGCAGUGCUCUGGACAACGAAUCUGAUACACUGACUCACAUCAUGAAAACACCUGAUUUACGUGGCAAAAGCUACUAUAUG